UACAGAUCCAUGAUGCAGUAGAGCUAAGCAGUGAAUCAUAGCUUCUUGUUUCCUUUGUACCAGAACUAUUUCAGUGAAACUACAGUCACUAAUAUACCAACAAUGACUGAUGCUGUGCAAUCUUUUGAAACCUCCCAACAUACACUGUUGUUAUCCACAAGAUUGGCCUACAGUGUUGGACAUGUUUUAAAUGAUCUCUGUGCAUCUAUGUGGUUUACAUAUAUGUUAGUUUACUUACAUUAUGUCUUAGAAUUUGACAACAAUUUUGCUGGAGUAUUGUUGCUAAUAGGACAAGCUGCAGAUGCUCUAGCCACACCAUUUGUUGGUUUUGAAUCUGACAGAAUUGACAACUUUUGGUUAUGCAGGUAUGGAAGAAAGAAAACAUGGCACCUGCUUGGUACCAUAUGUGUCUUGAUAAGUUUUCCAUUCUUAUUCAACCAAUGCCUUGGAUGCUCCAGUUCACAUCAAACUGCUCAGGUUAUUUAUUAUGCUGCUUUUAUAAUUGUAUUCCAAUUUGGUUGGGCUUCUGUCCAAAUUUCUCAUCUGUCUUUAAUUCCUGACCUUACUCCUGUUUCAUCAGAAAGAGUGGAACUUAAUUCUUUAAGAUAUGCCUUCACCGUUGCUUCUAAUGUGUGUGUAUAUGGAAUUACAUGGUUUGAACUUGGUGUUGGAGGUACUGAUAAAGAUCAGCAUUUGACACGAAGUGAUGCUUCUGUAUUCAGA